GAUAAAGUACUUCAGAUUCGUUUAGAGCAUAUUGUCCAUGCUGUAGAGAAAAAUGAAUGGCCAAUUAUAAGGCACACUUUCUUGCCCACAUUCCCUAAUGUGCCUUCAUCAACAACUCCUAUUCCACACCCUCCAGUAAUUGCAAGCCCUGUUUCUCAUCGUGCUUCUCCUGUUCCCAGUGUUUCAAGUCAAGGUCACAGUGGAGAAGUUACACCUCAGGCAACCCCUGAACACACUCCCCAAAGAGAACCUAUGUUGCCUGAAAUAUCUACUCCAAAUCCCACAGAUUUUAAUAUUCUUCGCAAAAGUCCUCUUCAACAUAUUCCUACUCCUCCGAUCACAGAAUCCUCUAAACAUCGCAGAAGGAGAAGACGCAGAAGAUUUGAAAUAGAAGCUGAGCGAGCUAAAUUGCGGCAACUUUUAUCUCAUAAUAUGCAACAACAGCAGCAUCACCAUCAGCAGCAGCUGCAACAUGUGCAACAGUUUUUAGCUUCUUCCUCUCUUAGGAAUAAAAUAUGGGAUGAACAUGUUGAAGAAAAAGUUCAACUUCCAAGUGUGCCUUCUCCUGCUCCAUCUGUACCUGCUGCAUCUUCUAACAUACCACCUCCUGCACAUCAGAAUUCUUCUCCUCGACUGUCAACUACCUUAGGCUCUUUAGAUCUUAGAGUCAAACCCAGUAUUACUCCUCCAACACCUUUUACUCCUCUACCAUUACCUCAGAAAAAUAAAAGUACUCCUGUCGAAUCUCCAGCAAGCACUGCUGGAUCUCCAACAUCACCAAUUGACUUGAGUGCAUCUUCAUCAGGCACAAACACCUCUAAUCAAACAAAUAUUUCUCAUAAUAAUUCUAAUCAAACAAAUACAUCCAAACCUUCAGGUCAACCAAAGACCAAAGAAAAAAGAGGAGCUCGUGGUGGUAGUCGUAUUGAUGCCUUAGCCUUGAAUUUGCAGGCUAGAAAGCAGCAGCAGUUGAUGCAAGAGCAACAUCAUCCUCUAGCUGAUAUUGGAUCAUUGCUUGAAAGAACAACUGAAAAAAGUAAAGAGCAUAGUGAAACUGAAGAACCACCUUCUCAUUCUCGUCACCAUUCUCAUCACCAUCAUUUAGAUAGGCGGAAUAUUGAAGAUGAAGAAGCAAAAUUAAGGAAGAAAAGGUUGCAAUACAGUGAGGAAUCUGUUAGAAAAGCUUUAAAUAGAGGUUUUGAUAUGACACCUGCACCGGCUCAUUCUUCAUUCUUGAAUCCUACUAUGUCCUCAGGCUCAAGCAGAUUGAAUUUGGGUUCUAAUAAAUCUGAUGAACAUUCUGCUGGAAAUAACCCUAUGUUAGACCAUUCUGCCUUAAUGCAUCAUGAUUUUAAAAAGUGGAUAGAUGAUCAUCCUGAAUUAGUAGCAGCUAAUCCUAAUUUAGUCGCUGCUGCUGCUGCAGCCAUGGCUUUCAGCCCUGUGUCAUCAUUUCCAUCUCAUACUGAACUGCUAGAAUUACCAGAAGGUAGAAGAAGAGGCCGUAGGCCUCGAUUAGAUCCAACUAAACUUGAUUAUGACAAAAUCACCGGAGAGGAAAAUGUUUCAGUAAUAAAUAGGGUCACUAAUAAGAAGAUAACUGGAAGCAAAGCUCCUCCCUUGAAGUACCUUGCAGAAUGGUUGGACAAAAAUCCUAUGUUCGACGUUGAUCCGAAAUGGGGACCAUUAGUCCGCGAAAAGGGUAACUUACCUAAUAAUAUGGCAAAAAGAAUAGUCACUCCUUCAGAAAAGAGAGGACGCCGAACUGCAGCUUCAUUGUUGGCUAGUGCUCAUCAGAAUUUAGCUCCCCCUGCCACAACCAUGUCUUUCCCCUCAGCUGGCUUAAAUCCUUUAAGUUUUGCUAACACUGGAAUGCUCAGUGGUUUUCCAAAUAUGAAAUUCUUCAUGGAUCCGCCUAAAUCUAGUACAGCAUCUACAACAACAACAUCAGCUACAUCAACCACUUCAACAAAUCCUCCUAUAUUUUUGCCUUUUGGUGGUUUGGCAAGUAUGGGUUUAACUAACCCAUUAUUUGGAUUCCCUGGGUUCAAUUUUCCUGGACUUCAAGGUUCAUCACCAUUAGGAACCAAUUUACCUGCAAAGGAUCAUAAGGAUUCUGAUAAGAGUAGAAAUGAAAAAGACUCUAGCAGUUCAUCUCGAAAAAAUAUACCUGCAUCUUCUUGUGCUACCUCAAGUAGCAUGAGUUCGACGACAACUUUGCCUUCAUCCUCAUUACCUUUCUUAUAUCCUCCUGGACUUCUGUAUAAUCCAUUAGGCUUAGGAGGUUUUACACUGCCACCAAAUCUUCCAGCCUCUUUUGGUUCGUUUACUCAAAGUGGUCUGGUCAAUGGACUUGGUUUGAAUAAUCCAUUAUUUACCACAAGUUCUCUUAGUACAACACUAAGCUCUUCAAUGACUGCAGCAACUGUUACAUCACCAGCUGCUCAUAAUAUUUUAUCAUCAGUUCCAGUUUCUAAAGCUCAUACCUCUUCUAGCAAGUUGCUUUCAACCCAAAGCCACUUUGCUGAUGGCCAGGAAACUGAUGAUGAAAGCCUAAAAUCAUUAAUGGGAAACCAUGAUGAUGACGACGACGACUUAGAUGAUGGAAAAAUGGAGAUUUAUGACAAUCCAGACAAAGACGACAGUGAUAAAGAAACAUUCAGGGACGUUACUGGGCGAAGUCCUGCAUCCAGUAGUGCUACUGCACAGAUAUCUAGUAAAAAUUCAAAUAGUGACUCUGAAAGUGUGUGUUUAGCAAAAACUAAUAAUGAAAAUCCUAGUUUAGAAUUACCAACUAAAUCUAGAGGAAUGCACGAUGAUCCUACCUCAGAUAGUACUGACACUGAAAGUAAACAUUCUUAGUGUAUGAAGAACUUAAAACUGUCUGUGGGCACUGUGAUGCAGCUGUAUAUUAUUUAAUUUUUUUUUAACAUUUCCUUCCAUUGUGAUUAUGAUUGUGGUAGGAAUGAAUGAAAAACAUGAGAUUGUGAAUCAGAGAUAAGUAUCAUGCAAUGCAGCUUGUAAAAAUAUAAUUUUAUUUAUUUAAAAACAUUUCUCUUUUCUUGAAAGACGAAAUGAAUCUUAAAUCAUUUUCUUAAUUUUAUGUUUGUUAAUUUGUGUCAUGUUUUGUCACCUCAUUUCAUGUUUUAACACCAGUGGCUUUCACAUCUAUUACAUACGAUUUUUAAUGGGGGGAUUACAUACUAUUUUUAUCAUUACAAAUCAUACUUCUGUUAUCUGAUUAUAUUUUGUAGCAGAUUAUUUCUGUUUAUAAACUUCUUAUAUUGCUGCUUUCAGUAGAUUCAACAUUCCUACAUGAUGUGGUAUUCAUCCGUACUUAAAACUAUAGAGGUCAUUAGUGUGUAAUAUUUAUGGCUGGUAAUUUAGGAAACUUAAAAGCAGUAAUGUUACUGUUUUGCAGUUUUAGUAAUGCAAGCCUUGUGUACAUACCAACUAUUUUCAGACAGGCAGCUUAUUUAUUUUAUUACAGGGAGGAUGUAGACCAAGAAUUACAUCAUUAUCAUCUCCAUACUUUCGGAAAGAUUAAAUGAACUCAGGCAAUUUGUCUCCGGCCGUGACAGUCAAAGUCUGUAGAUGCUUAGAUUGAAAUUAACAUCUGUUUACUGUAGUUUUCAUAAAAUAAAUAAAUAAAUAAAACACCAACAGUACAGAAAAUGUUACUCUUAUGUAGUGCAGUUAUUCUCUGAGAAAAUACAUGGAAAUUUAUAUAUGUAAAAAGAAAAAAAUACAAAACUUGUUUUAGCUGUCAUAUUAACGAGACAUUUCUGCUUCUAGCCAAAUGCAUAUUUGUCAUGUCUGUAUCUAGAAUGUGCUGUCACCUAAACAAAUGCAGUUUUUGUAAUGUGUUGUUUUGUGUCAUCCUAAUGUUUUGUGUCUUUUGGUUUGUAAAAAAAAAAAAAAAAAAAAAAAAAAAUCUGAUGGCUUGAAAAUUAUUUCUUAUAUCAUGAACUAAGUAAUUUCCUAGUUGCCUCAUUACUAGACAAAUCUGCUGUAUUGUGUAAAAUAAGUUUGUAAAAAGAGAGAAGAUAUUGUUUAAUGAAAAUUUUGACAAAUGCAAAAAUUAAAAAAAAAAAAAAAAAAAACUUUGCUAAUUGGACUGAUUUUAGUUAAAUACAAUAUAUUGCAAAUAUUUUCCAUAUGUUUCAAUUGAUGUUCAGUAGUUAAGUUAAUUUGCUAUUCAUAAUUUGCAUUUUAUUACUCAGUGUGAUAAAAAAGAUCUAAAAUCAAAUUAGUUAAGUAAUAAAGUAUGUUAAAUUUAACUGGGGAGACAGUAUUGAUUAAUUUCUCCAUUGCAGGAGGGGUUGAUGAUGGUGUAAUGUAUAAACUUAUUCUGGCAAUCCAAUCCACAAACACUCUAGUUCUGAAAUUAAAUGUUCUUCCAUUCUUUCAAAUCUGAAAAUAAGGUUUAAAAAAAGUAGGAUCUUCCUCCUCAGCAGUGCCUUGAACACAUUUCUAAUGGCAGAGAUGUUCCAUUGUUUUUAUGUAAGGGAGUUAUAUAAACCAUUGAGUGGGACAAAUCUGUCAGGAAUCAUUUUGGUAGUUUUUCAAACCAAGAUGUUAAACUUGCAAAAUUUCAUAUGGCAGACAAAUGAGAAACUUGUGGCUGUCACAGAAGGUAGUUGGGUAUCUUUGAGGGAUAAGGCUAAUAAAUGCUUUACCUGCCUUCUGCUGAUUGUGCUGCAAGAUUGCUGGUCAUAUUCCUAGCAUCAUAUAAAAACGCUCCUGUAGCAAUAUCUACUUGUUAUAAAAGAACCAUUUAUUAAGGGAAUCAGCCUGUGUCAUUGCAUUGCUUGACUACACAAUGUUUGUACGAGUGUAUUAAAUACUUAAUUUCAAAAAA